AGAGCCAGUCAUUCAGAGGUACAGCUGGCAUAGCCCGAUUGUUCUGUCCCGCCGAGAGCAUGGAGGGGACACGAGGGGCUGGGGUCUAGAAGGGCAGAUCUUGUGUCACCAGGCGGCUCAGCUGUGUCACCCGCCCGGGGACCUGACCUGCGGAAUGCCGUCAGCUGAGGGAAACGCACUCGUGCUUCCCUCGACCUUUCCUCACCUUGAAGAAGUGCAGGAUGGAUCGUGGUUGGUGACUCCCAGCUCCUCGGCCUUGGGACAGUGAGGAAAGUUCAGCAAAGGGAGCGAGGGAGCGGGGCUGGCUGGCAGCAGCUUACACAUUAAACCGUGGUAUCAAACGCGCGCUGCGCUCCGACAAGAAGUGUAACCCGAGGAGAAAGGACACCAGUGCGUUUGAGCGCGCCGAGGGAUUCUUGCAUGACCUGUCACUCUUUCAGUGCUGUAGCCUGAGCAGGUCUUACUGGUUUUUACCGAAGUGGUGGGAGCUGAAUGGGGUGUGGGCUCGUUUCUGUUCGUCCACAGACAUCUCUGCGAUCCUCUCUUCUCUUUUUUAAUUCCCCGCUGGAUAUAAAUCAGAGAAAUUGUGUCCGUCAAGUUUGCUGCCACCUGGGCUCAACCCAGCUGAAUCRGUUUUGGAGGAUACCCUUGCUGCAAUCGUCUGGACGUGCUCCUAGGAGGAGAAGAAACUAAAGCAAUUUGGCCUCAUAGCUGUAGUUUGAGGAAAAGCUUUYCUUCUGACUUCAGAGAGAGCUACGAGGAGGAUCUGUGUGAUGUCCUGAUCUCCCUCCAUUUUCCCUGCUGAGCAUGGGGUAACAGUGUUGUGACCAUGGUGGUCACCCAGUUACAGCUGGAACUCUGCUUCCAUGGCAAGAAGCUGAGAGGUUUCACCUGCAAGCUGACCAGGUCAGCCAAUGGAUUUCUCCCAGAGACUUCCUUCUCCAUUGCCUCCCAGAUUUUUGUGCCAUUCCUUCUGGCUGGCUUGGGAAUGGUAGCUGCUGGCCUCUUGAUGGACGUUGUUCAACACUGGGAUGUGUUUCGGACAAUUACAGAGGUAUUCAUCCUGGUUCCUGCCUUGGUUGGCCUGAAGGGUAAUCUGGAGAUGACCCUGGCAUCCAGGCUCUCCACUGCUGCUAACACUGGACAGAUGGAUGAUGCCCAGAAGCAAUGGAAAAUGGCCACCUGCAAUUUAGCCCUCAUCCAGGUCCAGGCCACCGUGGUGGGACUGCUGGCUGCCAUCGCUGCUGUGAUCCUGGGAGCCAUCUCCAAGGGCUCAGUGGAGCUGAGCCAGGCUGCUGUGCUGUGUGCCAGCAGCGUCACCACGGCCUUCAUCGCUGCGCUCUCCCUCGGCCUGGUGAUGAUUGGCGUGAUCAUCGGAGCGAGGAAAAUUGGGAUCAAUCCAGACAAUGUCGCCACACCCAUAGCAGCGAGCCUCGGAGACCUGAUAACCCUUUCCCUCCUGGCAGGAAUCAGCAGCACCCUCUUCAAAUACAUAGAUGUGAAGUACCUCUCUCCCCUGAUCUGUGCUGUCUUCAUUGUCAUGAUCCCUCUCUGGGUUGCCAUUGCCAAGCAGAGUCCUUCCCUGGCCGAAGUGCUGAAAUCGGGGUGGCAGCCGGUUAUUGUAGCCAUGAGCAUCAGCAGCAUUGGUGGGCUCAUCCUGGACAAAACUGUAACUGACCCAAACUUUGAAGGCAUGGCAGUUUUCACACCUGUKAUUAACGGUGUUGGAGGGAAUCUGGUCGCCAUCCAGGCCAGCCGAAUUUCUACAUUCCUGCACUUCUGGAGCAUGCCUGGAGUUUUGCCAUACAAGAUGAGGCAGAAUUGGCCCAACCCAUGCUCCACAUUCUUCUCAUCAGGGGUCAAUUCCAAGUCAGCCCGGGUCCUGUUCCUCCUGGUUAUCCCUGGGCACCUGGUGUUCCUCUACACCAUCCAUCUGCUGCAGGGAGGCCACACGUCCCUGUCCUUCACCUUUGUCAUGUUCUACCUGACUGCUGCUUUGCUGCAGGUGGGGAUCCUGCUCUACGCGGCCGACCUGAUCGUGCGCCUGAUGUGGAGGAAGGCUCUGGACCCCGAUAAUUUCUCCAUCCCCUACCUCACGGCCCUGGGCGAUCUCCUGGGCACUGGGUUCCUGGCCAUCUGUUUCCGCCUGGUUUGGCUGGUCCACGGCACGGACAUGAACCUGGGCAACUGAGAGUGUGUGAGCUGCUCUGGUCACUGGUGCCACACGGUGCUUUCCCCCGGGACAGUGGGGUGUCUGGCCACGAGCGCUGGGUCCCCCGGCUGGGUUGGGCCUCCCCUGCCACCCCACAGCUGCCCUCCCCAUGGUGCCUUAGAGCCGGGCUCGCCCGCCCCGAGGGAUCAGCACCCACAGCCUCGWGCCCAGCAUGAGAGAGAGACGGUUUUGGGAAGCACUGGCUGCUCACACAAAGCACCGAGGAGCAUUUGGGGCACGGGCAAGGAAUGAGCAUUCGGGCCGUGGUUUCUGUCCCCAGCACUGCCACAGCCCCCAGGCUGCUCCUGUUCUGCCCAGGUCACUGCGUCUGAUCCUGCAAGGGGACAUUGCAACCCCUCUGCUGGACUCUGACUUUCCAUCAAGAGAAAUUCUUUAUCCACCCUUCUUUUCUCCUGCUGAAUCCCUGGAGGAGGAGAGCUGCCAGGUGUUUAAAGUGUCUCCUCUCCUGUCAGAGGCUCAGGAUCUGAGGCAGUGAGCUGCUGGCUCACACCCAGCAGGAGGUUACCUAGGGACACCUACCUGCCCUGGCAGCAUCGCUGGUGGCUGACCCAAAAGCUGGUUAGAUUGCAUUUUGGGGGCAGGAAGGUUUAUUUUUACGGUUUAUGAAAUGUCCAGUAGUUAAAAUGUUUAUAGAAACACACACAUAAAUAAAGUGGGUAAAAAAAAAAGU